AUGCAUACUUGGAAAUCCCUCUUAAGCGUUCUCGCUCUAGCGGGUUCCGCCGUCUCUUGUGCUCAUCAUGGUGAAACCGAAGUAGUACCCGAGCAUGAGCGAGAGGAAUUACUCAAGAAGUGGGAUCAAGAGUGGUCCUUCUCUGGUAUUGCCAGUUUCGCUCAUCUCCGCCCAGUUAAAUGUCUUAUCGAACCCCAAGAAAACUACGACAUCGCCGUAAUCGGCGCUCCAUUCGACACAGCCGUUAGUUACCGACCCGGUGCAAGAUUUGGUCCUCGCGCUAUCCGUGCUGCGAGCGCACGUCAAAUGGCAGGAACAAGCUAUAAUACCCGUGCGGGAAUCAAUCCAUACCAAUCUUGGGCGAAGAUCACAGAUUGUGGUGAUAUCCCAAUUACACCAUUUGAUAACGGGCUCGCCGAGCGUCAGAUGUACGAGGCUUUCCUAGAGCUCGGAUCACGGAAGGUGGUGAAUGCUGCGCCGAAGGGUGGUCAGGGUAUUGGGACUGGACAUCCUAAGCUUGUCACACUUGGUGGAGAUCAUAGUGUUGCGCUUCCGGCUUUGAGAGCAUUGUAUCAGAUUUACCAGAAGCCUAUUACGGUGUUGCAUUUUGAUGCGCAUCUUGAUACCUGGAAUCCUGUACGCUAUAGUGCGUACUGGCAGUCUGAGCAGACGCAGUUCAACCAUGGAAGCUUCUUCCACAAGGCUAGUCGGGAGGGUUUGAUUUGUAACUCUACCUCAGCCCAUGCGGGACUUCGUACUCGCUUGACUGGUGUUAAUGAUGGCGAUUAUACGAACCCUGGUCCUGAGCAGGGCUUUAUUCGUAUCCAUGCGGAUGAUAUUGAUGAGCUUGGUCCUAUGGGUGUUGUCGAUGUUAUUAUGCAGCGCAUUGGUCUUGAUCCUGAGCAGCCGGUUUACUUGUCGCCUGGUGGUUGGACUACUCGCGAGUUUAUUCGCAUUCUGCGUGGAUUGGAGAAGUUGAACCUGGUUGGUGCUGAUAUUGUGGAGGUUUCGCCUGCGUAUGAUAACAAGGGUGAGACUACCGCUCUUGCUGCUGCCCAGGUUGCCUUUGAGAUCAUUACCAGCAUGGUCAAGUCUGGUGUUGAUGAGGAGCUUGGUGGUUGGUAUGGACGCAUGGAUGAGGUUGGUGCCGAGGAUGUUGAAGCCGUGGAAACUGAGUCUGAGUCUGACUCGGAGACUGUUGACAAGGAUGAGCUCUAA